AUGAGCAACGUGUUCGGCGUCGGCGGCCAUGGAGGUGGUGACCACGGCCAUGGAGGAGGCGGCGGAGGGGAGCAGCACGGGGGCGCGGACGGCACGCUGCUGUGCUACUUCCACCCGAGGGAGCUGCUGGUGGGCGUGUGCGCGCACUGCCUCCGGGAGCGCCUGCUUCUCCUCCUCGCGGCGAAGCAGGGCGGCGGCACGGGCCGCGCGCGCCCGCCGGCCGACGGCGCCAGCUACCUGUCGGCGCGGCCCUACUGCCGGGCGCUCCGGCGCCGGACGGGGAGCAUCUCCAGCUCGCUGCCGAAGGUGUUCGCGCUCGGCUCCUUCCUCCAGCGCCUCGACUCCUCCCGCCACCACCACAGCCACCACCACCCCGACGAGGUCGUCCACGACCACGACGGCGGUGGCGCUGGCGAGGAGAAGGACAGGAACCCCGACGACGACGACGACGACACCGCCUCUGUGGCGAGCCUCGACGACUCCUUCAUAUCGAUCAAGUUCGAGGACAACGGCAAGGCGACGUGGGUGGACAGCCAGCAGACGUCAGUAAAGCCAGCACGCGAGGCCCCGGCGGCGAUGGCCACGACCAAGACGACGACGACGAAGACGACGGCGUUGGUGGUGGAGCAGGCGGGGCGGCGGGGCGGCGUGACGCGGUGGCGGAAGCAGGUGGUGGGGCGGCUGCUGCAGCUGGCGCGGUGGAAGCGGGCGUCGGGCAAGCAGCCGUCGUCCUCGGCGGCGGCGGACCAGCGGGCGAAGGCGCGUGGCGGCGGCGGCGGCCGGGGCUGGAUCCGGAGCCUGACGCGGCGGCGCGCCGCGCACGGCGAGAGGGCGUGGUCGUGA